UUACGACAAGUCCCGUUAUGUAGGCUAUGUACUUUCUUUUUAUUUACACUUUGGAUCGGCUAGCAGAGAACUGAUCUCACCGUUCGUUCUCACAAAACCACUUCCUCCUGGACUACCAUUAGCGGCACUGGACAAGUGGAUUGGCCUCUUCCACACAUACAAACACGGUACGAUUAUAUACCAAGUGCUCGCAGUUCUUUUUUUUUUGCACAAGAUGGGUUCUUUCGUCAGUAGAUCUCCUCCUGCCAAUAUGAGUGGACCUGUAGCCGAAUUCGUGAAGAGCGCCAUCGCCAAAGACAAGGUGGUCAUUUUUUCCAAGACCUAUUGUCCGUACUGCACAAUGGCCAAAGAGCCUUUCAAGAAGCUCAAUCAACCAGUUGCCUGCUAUGAACUGGAUCAAAGGAAUGAUGGCGAUGAAAUCCAGGUGGUACUCGGAAAUUUAACAGGUGCCAGAACGGUACCAAGAGUAUUCAUAAACGGGAAUUUUGUCGGCGGGGGAACCGACAUUAAAAAGAUGUACUCCGAUGGACGGUUAGAAAAACUGUUAUUAUAGGGUGAUCCAACAAGUUGUUCGUUGAGUGAUUGAAUGUCUCUAUAUAUUUUCGACGGUUAUAUUACAACAAUGGCACGAAUGUUUAGAAACACGAAAUAAAAGCUUAAGACUAUCAUUA